CUGGUUAAUGUUUUUUGAAAUACUGAUAUAUUUUAUAUACUAACGACUUAUUCUGCGUCUGAAAAAAAUCGUGUUUGGAUAUAUGACACGAUGGCACUGUCGUCAGUUUCUGACAAGUAUGUACUUGGCAUGGACUUGGGGACAACUUCGAUCAAGGUCGUUCUGCUUGAGACUCAAUCAAAGAGAGUGACGGACAGCUACACCCUGCCAACGAGGGCUGACACAAGCAGCACAAUUUUACAUGCCAAAGAACAGAAUCCUGAGCGAAUAUUAGAUACUCUAAAUCAAUGCAUUGAAGCAUUACCCAGAGACAAACGCCAAAACGUCAUCAAGAUUGGGGUAUCUGGACAAAUGCAUGGGGUCAUGUUUUGGAAAGGAAGAACAGGCUGUGGUUCGGGGAGAAGGGAUGCUGGUCACACAUCGUGGUGCAAAGACACAAGUCAGCUGAUCACUUGGCAAGAUGGGCGCUGCAGCAGUGACUUCCUCUCCUCACUGCCACAGCCCGACUCUCAUCUUAGUGUGGCCACUGGCUUUGGCUGUGCCACCAUCUUCUGGUACCUCAGACACAGGCCUGAGUUCCUGGCUGACUUCACUACUGCUGGAACUAUCCAUGAUUAUGUGGUUGCUAUGCUGUGUGGCUUGGACAAAUGCGUUGUGACCGCCCAGAAUGCUGCUAGCUGGGGAUACUUCAACACUGACAUGAACCAGUGGAACUUGGACAUUCUGAAGGACGCUGGCUUUCCUGUGCAUCUGCUCCCUGAGCCAGUGCCGUCUGGAAGCCGUGCAGGGCUGACCUGCUCUGAAUGGCACGGGAUUCCCGCACACACACCCGUGGGAGCGGCGCUGGGAGAUUUCCAGUGCUCCGUCUACUCCUGCAUGACGGACAGGACUGAUGCAGUCCUGAAUAUCAGCACCUCUGCCCAGCUGUCUUUUGCAAUGCCCGAUGGCUUCGAGCCCCCUGCCACCCCGGACCCCCACUCCCCUGUCUCCUACUUCCCGUAUUUCAAUGGCUCCUACCUGGCUGUAGCAGCAUCACUCAAUGGGGGCAACGUGGUGGCUACUUUUGUGGAAAUGCUGACCUCUUGGAUGAAAGAACUAGGAACGGACAUCAGUGACACCAGCAUCUACUCCCAACUGAUCAAAGCUGCUCUGAAUCAGGAAAGCAGUGACCUGAGGGUGAGGCCAACCAUCCUGGGAGAAAGGCACGACACCAGCAGCCUGGGCCAGGUGUCCAACAUUUCCGCGUCCAAUGUCUCGCUGGGUCACGUGACCAGGGCACUGUGCCGGGGGAUCAUGGAGAACAUAGCCGCCAUGCUGCCGCCUCGGACCCUGCUGGAUUCUGGGGUAAAGCAGAUCGUAGGCAGUGGGAGUGCUCUGUCCCGAAACGAGGUGCUUAGACAGGAAGCCGAGAGAGUCUUUCCUCUUCCUGUACUGUACGGAAAAGAUGUAGAUUCAGCUGUUGGUGUUGCCAUGAUUUUGAAUGACAGAAUGUGA